AUGUCGUGGCCGUACCAUUUCAUUUCUCUCUCCGAAAGCGACAAGCUGCAUCGGAGGGAGCUACUUGAUCUUCGAGGGUACUACGCACAAUUGUCAAUUAUUGUCGUUAUUGUCGCCAUUCGGGUUUUUCGCUUUGCCACAAGAUCAACCGUUAAGCGGGAUGGCCCUAUUUCUGGAAAGACCCGACAGUAUCUUGUCUGCGGGCUGUGGCUAUUAUGGCUUUUAUUCCUUUCGAUAUGGAACAGUGGUGAUGACUACCUCCAUUUGACCAAAGCAUUGGGCCAAGUUGGCCUGUCCCAACUGCCACUGCAGGUUCUGAUGUCUCCGGCAUACAUCUCCCAGCCGGCAGCCUCGUCUGUACUGUCUGUUCUGACCGGUAUCCCUCAGCGAGCGUUGACGCCAUACCACCGUCUCUUUGGUCGAGUGGUUGUCUCUCUCCUGCUGGCUCAUGCCGCGCUGUACACGCUGUUCUUCGUGCAAUCCAGUCAUCCUGAAUUUGGCAUAUUGCUCUUCAAGCGAGUCCAAGACUUAGAUGUCCAAUGUGGCCUUUUCGCGAUAUUUUCAGCCGUGAUGCUCGUUCUCUUCGUGCGGCCUGCUUCCCAGAAGGGACUCCAGAGUUGGCUUAUACAGGGCACCAUUCAAGAACGCAGAAAGAUGUUUUACUUUGGUCAUGUGUCUUUGGUGGUGUUAUUGUGUGUUGCGGCUUACUCUCAUGUUAAGGAGGCACAGAAGUAUAUUCUCCAGACUUUAGCAGCUUCUGUGCUCAAUUGGGUAUGCUCUUGGCUGCUAUGUUAG